GUAUAUUUCCAGAUCAGUGAUGAAAGAAUUUGUGGUGCUUCUGGUGGAGCUACAAUCCAUCCCUUGGGUGCAAUAUCGGAUGGAUCUGGGGAAGUUUAUUUUGCGGAUGUUUGUUAUUCCGAUGGUGCUGCCGCAAAUUCGGCAGGAGAUGCAGCUAACAUGGCUGGACACACGGACGUGGUAAAUGGCGCAAGUGCUUGUUCAUCUGAAGAUGACGGUGGAGUCUUGCGCGGUAUAGUGACAGAGCUGAUGGAAACAUCAAGCGAUUCAAGUGAGUCUGAUGACGACGAGAUUUACCAAAUCGUUAUGGAUAAUUCUGAUAGCGACGACGAGGAUUUAUUAGAGGAACUAUUGAGGGAUAGAGAGAGAAAGAAGAGGAAUAGCAUUAAAAACUAUUUGGAGGAAGUGGUACCUACCUAUACUGAGGCAGAGUUUAAGAUGCACUUCCGUAUAUCGAAGGAACUGUUUCUCAAUUUGUCAGCUAAAUUUGAGGAAAGCGAUAUAUAUAUAAAAGGCUUCGAGUCGAUAAGCGUUUACCAGGGAAGACAAACAUGGCAGUUUUCUUAUGGUUUGCCGGUCAUGAGGCAUGCAGCUUUCGUGACUUAUCCGACCGCUUUAAUAUAUCACUGUCGACUGUUUCUCGUAUGGUCAAUAGAACGACAAUGUUCAUUAGCAGUUUGAGUCCAGAGGUUAUACGAUGGCCUACUGAGGAGAAGAAGCGAGAUUCGGCACUUUUUUUUACCAGAAAAUGCGGCUUUGCAAAAGCAAUCGGAUGCAUUGAUGGCACGCAUAUCGUCAUUGAUCCUCCAGCUGAGCGGAAAGAUGACUACAUUGACCGGAAAGGCAACAUUACCCUUACUAUGCAGGCCAUUUGCGAUGAAAAUAAAAAGUUUAUCAACAUAUUCGUUGGAUUUCCCGGAUCAAGUCACGAUAGUUGGGUUUUUCAGAACUCGCCUAUUUACCAAAAAUUGUCAUCGUAUUGUGGAGAUUACUACUUACUAGGAGACUCUGCUUACCCGUGCACUCAGUACGUAAUCACGCCAUAUAAGGAUA